CUCCAUAUAUGGGCAUGGUCCGUGGUAACGCUUUAUGACAACGUCAUUUCCAUGGCUACGGUCCCGAGCCACGCCCUGAUCACUAAGGUAACGUUCCAUGCCACGCCCUGUUGCUAAGGACUUGUUGAUAGGCAUCAUUUGGCACCUGCGCACCGACCAGAUCGGACGUGUUUCACAGUAGAGAACACAGACAUGGCGACCUUGGUCCGGGGCGCCACCAGGUGGCUUUCAUCGGCACUGCACCUGGGCGGCGCACCCGGACGGAAGUUCAGCAACGCGCUGACGGAAGAAAGGGCUGCCAUGUUCCACCUACUUGAGGCCUACAACGAUCAUGUCGAGGCGCGUGCACCAUUCACUAGCGCCGCCGUGCGACCUGCUCUGACCAUGCAGAAGAAGGCUCCACACAUCGGGUUCAGCAUUGACUCAAUGCUGAUGCAGGAGGCACUCGUGAACACCUCUGCCUUGGACCUCGGCUGCAGCAAGCUGUCUGCGUGGGAGAUUGAACAACAGGCACCCGCCGUACUUCCCAAGAAGUACUUUGCAGUGAAGAACGGGAAAGCGACACUUGUGGAAGAGAACUAACUCCAGUACUGUCAAACAACACUAGUCGUCCUUCAUGUAUGCACAUUCGUUCCUAUAUCAAAUUGGUUUGUUCAUGUGUAAAGUAACUGUAUCUCAUGCCACUAUUUCUUUUAGAUCUUUUUAUCAUUUAAUUUACGGAUGCAAAAAUCACAGUCUUGUGACUCUACAACGAAUUCUACAGUGAAGGCUUAAAAUUUUGUUAACAUGGUAGUGUUCUCAUAAAUGUCUUUCAAACCUUUUUUUAUUCAUUGAUGCAAAAAUUGCAGAACUCUACAGUGAAGGGUUAGAAUUUUGCUAACAUUAAUCAAUUCUUCAAGCAGCAUAUCAGUCAUUCACUCCAUUACAGCAGAUUAUUGUACUUUGUAUUAUCUCUUUUUGUAAAAGCAAGAGAUUAUGACCGUGGUUGUAACAUUACUUUCUUGUUACUUUUGUAACAUAACUGUGUCAUCAGAGAUCCUUGAGUAUUCUAAUCAUACUUCGCCAAAAGCAUUGCCUUAUCUGAAAAGAAAAACAAAACAAAAUGUGGAUACUUGGAGAAAACUUUUGUAACAAAAAUUCAAAUAUAAACAAUAUUCCUCGAGUAGUCUAACAAUGUUUCUCCCAAAGCAUUGAUUUAUCUGAAAAAAAACAACAACAAAAUGGACAUUUGCUGAAUUUGUGGACAGCACACAAUGUUACAUGUAUGUCUGUAUGAAGAUUAUGGAUGUAAGUAAUUGUUUAUACAGUAGUUAGAAGAUCUGACUGUAUACAUGUGUAUGUAUAACAUAUGUAUAAUGGAUGACAUUGUACAUUUUAAUUUGAUUCAUAUGUACUAGGUUUAUUUGUGAUACCAGAGAUUUUUUCAUAUAUUUCUGCACAUGUUUGUGUCAUGGACGUAAGUAAAUAUUGCUUAAUAUAAAAUUAUAUACAGUAGUAAGAAGAUCUCACUGUAUAUUCAUGUGUACACAUACGUAUGAUAAGUAUAAUGUAAGUACAUUUUACCCUUAUGUACAUGUAUGUACUAGGUUUAUUUGCGAUACCAUAGAUUUAUCCAUUUAUUUCUGUACAUGUUUAUGUUAUGAUUCAUUUUUGUUUCAUAAUCUAAACCAUCCCUACAAUGAUACACAUUACGAUUAGACAAACUGAACCCCUUCUUCAGAACAACACCCAAUUCUGUAUUGUUUUUAUUCUAAUUUUGCCCCAAACUUCUUGAAGACAAUGUGGGGCCAACAUUGUUCUGAGAGGAGUACGGGGCCAAUCUUACAAUUUCUUUUUGUUCCAGGGGGCCACUGGAUUCAACAAGAAAUUUUCAUAAAUUUAUUAUUUCAAACAUUCUUUCUUUCAUUCGGCAAGAACACAAAUUUGCUUCAAUCUUCUUGAUAAAGUUACUAUUGAUAUCUUUGGAAAAAUUGGAUUGUAAAAAUUGAAUUUUUGGAUUUGUAAAGGGUUAAGUUGUCUAAGUAGUUUUGUGAGAAAUUUAGGGAUGUGUGUGAUCUAACUCUCUACUGUAAACUUGUUGUUAAACAGAAAGUUUGUCAUUAUGUAUACUAUGUAUUUUUAAAAGUAUCAUUUCAUAUGAGAAACAGAGAUGUUUUGGUUUAUUUGUACAGCGAGACACAAUUCUGUAGUGACUUAGACUUGCUACUUACUAUUAUAAUACUUAUAUAUACUUGUGAAGUGACUACAUUGUAAAUACAUCUUUAUGUAUACAUACACGUAACUAUAUAUCUUCAGUCUAUGAUUUGCUAUUCAGAGUCAUAUCAUAACUUAUACGGACACAGAAAUUCGGAACUUUGAAUACAUGUACUUCAUAUCUGUAGUGUUCCAUAUCUAUCUUGUAGACUGAGUAUUUCUAAUUCAAUUAGUAUGAACAAGACAUGAAAAUGAAAUAUGAAAACAGACACAGAACAUGAAUAAACAUCCUUUAUUUCCACAAAGAGCGUUGUAUCAUUUUCAUCUAAUAUACAACAGAUAUUCUACAACUUUUCUAACGGAUAUCGCCACCAAAAUAUACACAUACACACCCUUCAAUAUAUUAGAUUAUUGGAUACCAGAAUAGACAAAUUAUUUACAGUUUCAAUUUUCUUAUAGGCACUUUAUAUCAUAGAUAUUGAAUGUACAUUGUUUUGGUAUGAUAAUAAUAGUAGUAAACUUCAGAGCUCUGCAAGCAUAGAUCAUAAUGUAGUUUCCACAUAGAACUGCGAACUGCAAGUGAUAUGCACGUAGCAAUCAGGAAAGCAUGGUUACCAUAGUAACAACUGGUAACUAUGGGUUGCCAUAGCAACCACUCUACAUCUGUGGAUUGCCAUGAUAACCACUCUACCCAUGUUGGGGUUACCAUGGUAACCACUCUGCCAUUGUGUAGUUUGGUUUGAUAACCACUAAUAAUAACCAUAGCAACCAUUUGAGUUGCCAAGGUAACCUUCCAGACUGCUUGGGUUGCCAUGGUAACUACAAAAACCUGUCAGCAAUAGUUGUACUUUAUUUCUGUUGGUUGAGACAAAGGCACAUCAUUCUAUAGAUAUGUAUACCUGGACAUGAUAUGUUUAAAUCCUCUAUAGUCCUUGUCUUUGGCUGCACGUAAAAGACACUUGCUUCUAUAAGCAUUUGCUUUAAUAUAUAGAUAGAGACGAUUGUUGAAUGUAAUUAUAAUGCAACAACAGAAUUCCUAAAGGAAAAACAACUGACUAAAUUUCUACCAUUCACGAGCCACAUAAGACUAUUAUGAAUUGCCCACAAAUGUUAGGAAGAAAACAUGUUUAGGGUAGUUUUUGGCAACCCCAAUGGGGUGGAGCCAUUUGAGUUUAGACCUUUUGCAUGUCGGUCCAACCUUGUCAGUACACAAGAGAAAAGUGUU